AUGAAGAAACAAAAAAAUAAAGAGGUCGCUAGAACCGUUAAUAUUGUUAAUUCCAAUGUUGGUGUGGUUGGUAAAAAUAAUGGAAGUGUUACGAUCAAUGAUGACAAUAACAAGAGAAAAGCCGAAUUGGAGGAAGAAAAAGAUAGUGAAAUAGAAGAAGAAGCCAAUGUUUAUGCUAAUGCCUACAAGGACAAUGGAAUUGAAGGCUUAAGAUUGACCAUUGCCAAAAGAAAAAUCGAAGAAAGUACAUCAGCAUCAACCAAAUUCGAAACAAAAUCAGUCAAAACGAAAAACAUGCCAAUCACAAUUGAAAUAUCAAAUGCGGAAUUCAAGAAAAUGGAUGCAGACGAUGAUUUUAUUACAAUCCAACAAAAUAAGAAUAUCCGUACCAGCAAGAGUAUACUAUCAAGUAUCUUUACCUUGAAUUCUGGUAAACCAGUAAUCGGUUUGGAUUUUGUCGGCCUCUCUGGAUAUUUAUUCAGCGCGCAAUAUCUUGAAAGCGCCGUCUUUAUAACGAGAGAGGCCGACGUUUACCUCCCUGGCGAUACUGUAGAUUUGGAUGAAUUUAUGGAUGAAUGUGAGGAAGUGUUGGCGCUAAUAUUUGCAUACAAGAAUUAUAUUGUAAAGCAAGCAAGAGAUAUUGACCAGAAGUGCCGUGCAUUACGAAGAAGAAGACUGGUGGCCAGCACAGAAGACAACCGGGAAUACCUUCCUCCCACCUUCUACUCUCCAAAGCGUUGA